AUGUCUCGCUAUGGAAAGCACCCACGCCUCAGCCUGGAGGAAAGUGUAAGCUUCCAGAUCCCAGAUGAACCAGAUGAGUUCCCACUGGUUCCCACAGCUGAGAAAGAGGAGAGACAUGGAGAAGAGGGGGUAAAAGAAGAAGAGAAAGAAAAUAACAAUACGCAGAAAAAUGAGGAAGAAAACAUUGAGAAGGAAGAAGAGGAAGUAAAAGGGAAUGAAGAUGAAAAGGAAGAAUGUGGUGAUGAAGUGGAUGAGGAAGAAAAUGAGAAAGAAGAGGAAGAAUCAGACAUAGCUUCCAUGUUUUUCUCAUCUUCUAAUGUUUCUUUACCAAGUUUCCCCCCUCCUUCUCCUUCCUCCUCCUCCUCCUCCUCCUUUUCCUCCUCCUCUUCCUCCUCCUCUUCCUCCUCCUCCUCUUCCUCCUCCUCCUCCUCCUCCUCCUCCUCCUCCUCCUCCUCCUCCUCCUCCUCCUUCUCCUUCUUUUCUCUGUUUCAGAGCAACCUGGAGGGAAAUGAGGGCUAUGCUCCUGGGAUACUGAGCAUUUUUCAGAAUGCUCAAAGCUUCUUCCCCUCAUCUAUUUUAGGGGGGGAUUUAGAUGAAACAAGCAGCAAUGACGAAGAGAGUUCAGGUGCCAGUCAGUCUUCUGAAGAUCCUGAAGCCCUACUGGAUGUUGUGAUACAAGAAAAGGCUACUGAUCUGGUGUUUCUUUUCAUUUACAAGUAUAGAAUGAGGGAACCCAUCACAUUAUCAGAAAUUUAUGAGGUUGUCACCAAAGAUUAUGAGAACCAUUUUUCUGUCAUCUUCAUGGAAGCUUCUAAAUGCUUGGAGAUAACCUUUGGCAUUGAUAUAAAACAAAGCGAUCUUCUAAGCAGUGCUUAUGUCUUUGUCAACUCUCUGAACCUCACCUAUGAGGACACGCUGAGUGACAAUGAUAGAUUGCCUAGAAAUGCUUUCCUGAUAGUCAUUCUGGGUGUAAUAUUCAUAGAAGGGAACUGUGCUUCUGAAGAAAGAAUCUGGGAAUUCUUGAAGCUGGUAGGAGUGCAUGAUGGGGAGGAGCAUUUCAUUUGUGGGGAUCCCAGAGAGUUCCUCACUAUAAAUUUAGUGCAGCAAAAUUACCUAGAGUAUCGGCAGGUGCCUAAUAGCCAGCCUACAUGCUUCGAGUUCCUGUGGGGUCCAAGAGCCUAUGCUGAAACUACCAAGAUGAAAGUUUUGGAGUUCUUGGCAAAGAUGAAUGGGUGUGACCCGACUGAUUUUUCAGUCUGGUAUGAAGAGGCUUUGAGAGAUGAGGAAGAGAGGGCCUGGGCCAUAAAUGACUCUGAAGAUGGAAGCCCAACCAUGUGGCUUGCAGAGCGCUGA